AGGCUGAACUAAUGAAGAAGAUUAAAGAAAGUGAAAAAAUGACUGUGGAUGACAAUGAUCCAGAUUGGUUUAGUGCCGCAGCUAAAAAGCAAGAAGGGCAAGAAGAGGUUAGAAGGUGUAGAGAAGAAUUGAAGAAGCUGGAGAAACAAGAAGAACGAGUAUCAGAAAUAAAGCAGCGUCGUCAUAUGGUUAAAAAAUCCAGUGUCCAAAGGGUUGAUGACGAAUUUGAAAAAUUAUUCCAAGACUUACAUGAAGUUAAAGAAAAUGUACAAAGGGAGCUCAAUAGUUUUUCAGGUGCAGAUUCUUUAUCAUCUGAGGAAAGUAUGCUAUUAUUGGACGAUUAUGACAGUGACCAAGAAGACACCUCCAAAAAAGAAAAGGAAGAAGAUGAUGAAGACGAUGGUUGUUUAAAGAUUUACUAUUGUAGCCGUACGCAUUCCCAGCUCUCGCAGUUUGUCAGAGAAGUGCAGAAGACUGUUUUUGGAGAAGAUGCAAGAGUAGUAUCGUUAGCGUCUCGUCAAAAUCUUUGUGUGAAUGAAGCAGUCACUAAUUUGGGAAAUUUAUCAUUAAUCAAUGAUAGGUGCACAGAACUUCAAAGAGGAAAGAAAGGGAGAACAAGUAAGGUGGAUGGAGAUGAUGUGGUAUGCAAAAAGAAAAAAGUUACCUCAGGUUGUCCAUAUUAUAAAAAUACGGCCCUUGAGAAAUUAGCUGAUAAUCUACUUUUGGAAGUUCAGGAUAUAGAGCAAAUGGUAUCCUUGGGUAAGAAAACAAAAAGCUGCCCUUAUUAUGGUGCAAGAUAUGCUGUUAAGGAUUCCCAGCUUGUGAUUCUUCCUUACAACACAUUGCUUCACAAAGGUACAAGAGAAGCUUGCCAGAUCAAACUAAAAGGGAAUAUUGUUAUCGUAGAUGAAGGACAUAAUCUACUGGAAACCAUAGCUAACAUCCAUUCAGUGUUUGUUAGCAAAUUACAGUUCAUGGGUGCUCAUGCGCAGCUGAGCCAAUAUAUGCAACGCUAUGAGAAGAGGUUAUCACCACGCAAUUUACUGUAUAUCAAACAAAUACUGUUCUUCAUUAAUUCACAAAUAAAAUUGUUAAAUGAAGGAAGGAAAGAUAACAUUCUCGGUAAAAUUGGAACCAGUGUCAAUAGCAGCAAUGAUAGUGGCGCUAAGAAUCAGUUUUCAAGAAUGUACGCAGUUCAUAACUUCAUGUCUGAAACUCUGAUUGACAAUUUGAACAUAUACAAGCUUAUUCAGUACAUUGAGAAAAGUAAAAUUGCUCAUAAGCUGCAUUCCUUUAGCCAAAAGUUUGAAGGCACUUUAAAGUCAAAUGACGUAAAGAAGCCCGGAUCAGAAGCCAGUUCUACCUCUGCGUUCUUAUCUCGAAUGACAUGUCAGAAUUCAGGAAAGGAUAAAUCGAAAGAAAAUAUCACUCCUGCAAAUGAUGUGAAAGAGAGAGAGUCAGAAAAUCCAGAGGAAGAAAUUGUAAUGGGUUCUCCUUUGAUGCAAGUUACUGAAUUUCUGCGUGCCCUUUUACACUCAUCGGCAGAUGGUCGGGUAGUUGUGUCAGUUGGAUCAACAAAUAGAACGUCAUCAGUGAAGUACUUGUUAUUGAAUCCAGCUUCCCAGUUCCAUGAUAUCGUGAAAGAGUGCAGAUCUAUAAUAGUUGCAGGAGGAACAAUGCAUCCAAUGAGUGAGUUUAGGAACCAACUAUUCCUUUCAGCCGGUGCGGAUCCUGAACGAGUUCGCGAGUUUUCUUGCGGUCAUGUGAUUCCUGGUGACCAGAUUAUGCCUGUAGCCCUUUCAAAUGGCCCUACAAACACAGUCUUAGAUUUUACAUACCAAAACAGAGGGAAUCCAAAAGUGCUUGAUGAACUUGGACGUGUGUUGGUGAAUUUAUGCACAAUCGUACCUGGAGGGAUUGUCUGCUUCCUUCCGUCGUAUGAUUAUGAGCAAAAGGUUUUCGAUUAUUUUUUAAAGACAGGUGUCAUUGACCGGCUAUCAGGAAAGAAAAAGGUUUUCCGAGAGCCCAAGAAGUCCAAUCAACUAGAUGGUGUAUUAAAUAAUUAUGCAACAAUCAUAAGGCAAACAUCUUCAAGCGCUACUGGUCUCACUGGAGCCAUUCUUUUCAGUGUUGUUGGUGGGAAGAUGAGUGAGGGCAUCAAUUUCAGUGAUGCUCUUGGUCGUUGUGUAGUUAUGGUUGGACUCCCCUAUCCUAACACUCAGUCACCAGAACUUAAAGAGAAAAUAGACUUCUUAAAUAAGAAUGUGUCCCCUGGACCUGAUGGGAAAUCCCCUGGAUCUGUGUUUUAUGAGAAUUUGUGCUUCAAAGCUGUUAAUCAGUCAAUAGGAAGAGCCAUCCGUCACAGGAAUGAUUAUGCAAGCAUCAUUCUUCUUGAUCAUCGGUAUAACAGACCAUCUUCAGUUCAGGCAUUACCGAAGUGGAUUUCAAUACAUCUGCAUCAGUGUGAAAAAUUUGGCCAAGCUUUUGGUUUAAUAAGGAAGUUUUUUACAGGUAAAAGGAUAGUGUAGGAAGCACACACUGUACAUGGCAGAGAUUUGCAGAAUGUCGAUGUAUAUUUUUGUAUCUUAAUACAUUGUAAGUAAAUAAAUACCUUAAUGAUGUUUAUUUUUGUAUUUUAUUGUAAGUAAAUACAUUAAUACAAAAUUAUA